CUCUCAUUAGGCUUCGAUGGAUUCUUGCCGCGACGACGAUUAGAUUCGAAGACUUGUUUACCUCCGCAGCUUGCAAAGAAGCGGACUGGGUAUUCUCUACAUUUUGCUAUAGCCAGUCGACCCAGCGAGUCUUUGAAGAACGCCAUUGCUCGUGUAUUAGGGAGUUCAAUGUCUACAACCCCGCAUACGCUAGCUUCUUUUGGGACCCCCAGGCGGACCGAGGCUAACAGCCCCUCUACGUCGCUUACUCGAAGCUCACCGCAACGUUUCUCUUUGCAUGCCAAAAUGUAGGGACUGGACACCUCUCCGUUGAAAGAAUACAUGGAGUGGAAGACUGCGCAUACACAAUGUCCGGUAUCACGAAGACGAAAACCCACCAUGAUCUCGACGAUGGCGCACUUGGGAGGUAUCUCCAGCAGCAUAUUCCAGCCUUGAAGCUUCCUAUAGUAUCAACGAAGAUUGGAUAUGGGCAGAGCAAUCCGACGUACUUUGUCGACGAUGCGAAUGACACACGGUACAUCCUCCGGAAGAAGCCAUCUGGGACAAUCAUCUCGCCGGUAGCGCAUCAAGUCGAUCGGGAGUACAGGGUUAUAAAAGCACUAGGGACUGUGGAAGGCUUCCCGGUGCCCAAAGUGUAUUGUCUGUGCAUGGAUCUAUCGGUCAUUGGGACGGCUUUCUAUGUAAUGGAGUACGUCCAAGGCCGCAUAAUAACCGAUCCGGACCUCAAAGACCUCUCCCCCACCGAGCGCCGCUCCGCCUGGUUCUCCCUCGUCGCCACCCUCGCCUGGCUGCACUCCAUCGACCCCGACUCCAUCGGCUUCCAGGGCUUCGGCAAGAAAACGGGCUUCUACACCCGCCACUGCAACACCUUCUCCCGCAUCGAGGCCCAGCAGGCCAAAGUCAAAGACGUUACCACUGGCGAGGAACUCGGGCGCGCACAUCCCCACUUCGACGAGAUCGUAGAUUACAUUAGACGAAACGUCCCUUCUGAUCGCGCUAGCAUCGUCCAUGGAGACUACAAGUUCGACAAUGUGAUCUUGCAUCCGACGGAGCCACGCGUGAUUGCGAUUCUGGACUGGGAAUUGAGUACGAUUGGCCAUCCGCUUCUGGAUACUGUGUAUGUCGUGGGUCCGUAUUGGAAUCGCGCAAGUCUACCCGGUGGACCUGCUGCGAAAGCGAGGGACGAUCAGGGCGGCGAGGUAUAUGAUGUAGAGAAUCAGAGGAAAGCGGGAAUGCCGGGUAUGGACGAGCUCAUGGAUGAGUAUAGCAGGAUUGUGGGGUGGGAUCCGAGGAGGGAUCGGUGGGAGGUUGCGAAGGUGUUUCAUCUGAUGAGGGGCGGCACGAUUACGCAUGGUAUUCAGGCAAGGACGAUUAGUGGGCAGGCGAGCAGCGAGUUUUCGCACACGUACUUUGAGCAUACGAGGAGGAGCUUGGAUGCUGCGUAUAAGAUGGUUAGGGAGAUGAAGGGGAAAGAGAAGGCGAGGAGUAGCUUGUAAGGCGACAGUACGGUAGGCGGGCAAUCGGGAGUGUCUGAGAGGCGUGGAAGCCUUCCAAAAGUAAUGCCGAGCGUGAACAGAGAUUACGCAAAAGCCAUAUUGAG